CCUCAUCCCACUACCGUCCCUCUGUUGAUGACGUCAUCCGCCAAGUCGAAGUGGCUCAGCACGGCACUCCAGCGGGGCAUCGACUGCGGGAAGCGGUCGACCAGCGGCUGAGACCGGUCGCCAAGAGACCGCUCGGUCGUCCACAGAUUGAUAUAGCCCCAGCUCUCCUCCAGAAAUGCAGCGACCCUGUCGUUGGGCCGGAAGCCGCUCACAAUCACACGACGACGAUCUUCUGGGUUGGCAUAAUUGAGAUUGCCGAAGUCGAAGCGGAAGUCCACAGCGAUGCCCUGCUGCUCGCUGAUGCCCUCUGUCAGCAGACGGCGAUAGCGGGGGUCCCCACGGUCGAUGUGUGCAUUCAGCACAUGCCUGUGGCCCACCCCCUCCUGAUGGUGCCACCGCUCGAGCAGCGUGAGCACCAAGGACGAGGCGAAUGAGCGGUAGAGGUAGUCGGCCCGGCGGGUAACGGGAUCAGUUGUCUUGUAGCCGCUGCGAUAGGGAUAGUUGGCCGGCAGGUCACUCAACGGCAGCACACGGAACGACUCAUUUCCGAUCCGAUAAGCAUCGUUGUUGGCUCGCUGAAGCUGCAGGCUCGUCCCCUGGUAGGUGAGGCGGUGGCCGAUGGUCUUGUAAACGGCCAUGGCGAGGGGCAGCUGGUGGAGGGCUGCUGGGGUGGGCAGUGCAUCAGCCGACAGCCGCAAGGGCAGAGUGGCAGUGGGUGUGAGCAGAUAGAUGGUGGCCAGCCGAAUGAACCGCCCCAUCCCCCGCCACUCGUCGCCACUGCCCUGCUCCAGCAGAUAAACCACCUUCAAGCCGUCCUCCAGACCACCGACAUCGAAGACCAGGACGUCGUCAAGCUCCAGACGACCAAUGGCCUCCUCUAUGCGCUGCUCGACGAGUGUCAGUGCGGUGCUGUCCUCGGCCUGCGGCAAUCUGUGGAUGCAUUGACGGAGUCUGGCGCGUCUGGCGGGGUGGGGUGACAUGGCCAUGUCUGCCGCCCUGGUGAUGGCAAGGUCGGGCAGAGAGGGGACUGCCGGAGGGGCGGCGGGGGGCCGGGGAGUGGUGGGGGGCAUGUGAUGCGACGACGACGCCUUCGGUGGGUGAGAGAUCUGAAUGAAUCAAAAGAGGAAGGACAUACAAACGAGGAAAUGGCAAUCAGUCAGUCAGACGAGUGCCAUGGCAGGGCGGGAUGCUCUGCUUACCUCAGCCAGACACCGUCACAGCAGAGAGGCGGGGGGAGUGAGCCGUGGUGAAUGAGUGGCUCUGCAGACACACAGCACAAGCGUCAUGCAGCACCUGCCAGACUGACUGAC